AUGUGGACCGUUUUCCCCUCGUUGUGCCUGAUAGCGACGUUAUGGAGCGCGGAGCCGAGUUUUGGGAACGAAGGGUCAGAAAUCAGUUUCCUAAGACGAAGAGCGAUCGACGGGACAAGAGGAAGGAAAUUCUUCGACUCGGAGGAGGGGCCCUUCGACCCCUUCGAGACUUCCGGCUAUUACGGACUGUAUAAAGACCAUGCAGAUUUCUCGGACAUCAGGAGGAACGUCCCAGGAGAGCCGGGUAUAGACUACCCAGCUUACACGAUUCUACCUCAGACGAGAUUCUCCUGCGAGGAUCGACCUAGAGGAUACUACGCCGACGAGGAUGUGGGGUGCCAAGUCUUCCACGUGUGCGACAGGAUCGUGGUGUCGUCCUUCCUGUGUCCCGUGGGAUCCACGUUCAGCCAGAAAUUAUUAACCUGCGACUGGUGGAACAAGGUGGACUGCGCGUCCACCCAGAAAUACUAUCCGAUCACCGAGAAAGACUUUUCCGAGAACGACGACGACGAGCUCAUCCGGAUGGCGUACAGCAUGGUGACCUAUCCAUCGGCCGAGGAAACUCCAGGAAACCAUCGCCAAGGGAGGAUAAUCAACCACAAGACGGAAAAGUUGAGAGUGAACGACGUGAAUGGAUUCUCCCCAGGAGACAUUAUAGACGACAUGAUCGCCCAUGGAUUUGCGCAGAUCGCGGACCCCUACUCGGGGCUCAGGACGGAAACCGGGGAGAGAUUUUACCCCAGGUACCAAAAUCGAGAUCAAAAUCUGGGACAACUGGAAAACCUGGAUUAUAGAGACCUGGAUAGUCCCAGUGAUCGAUUCUACGAGGAAAAUCAAUCGAACGGGGCGAACGUUUUCCCCAAAUCGCCCUUAAUUCGCGUCCACCAGGUUAGCAACGGAGGAGGGUACUUCGAUAAGUCAAGAGGUGGAGGAGGGUUCCAAAAUUCGAAGGACCGCAGGGUGGAGGCGUCGAAAAAUGAAUUCCAGCCUUCUUAUGCACCCACCGUGCCCACCAUCACCACCACCACGAGGAGGUUUUACUCACCUACCGUACCUACUACAACCUACAGACCCGUUACACCUGCUUACAAUAGAUUCGACCAAAUUGUCGACGGCUCGGAUCAUUUGUACACUCGCAGGAAAAGUGUCCAACCCCUUCCCACACCUCCGACGAUUUUUCAAGAUCGUGGAAUCCGGAGAAGUAGGAGAAACGAAAGCGAAACGGGCAUUAAUGGACCUGGCCAAUUCGCUGCGAGGAGAGGAGAGAGCGAUCGGGUCUUCCAAUUUUCGGAUUAUGGCCGGAAUUACGGCAAAGACGGGGCGAAUUAUUACGGAGAAAACGAGGGAGGCGGAAACGAAGAUAUGGAGAUCAGAGAAAGCGUCGGUUUCGUCAGGUCCAGAGAAGAGGAGAAAGAAUUGCUCGGAGAGACUCGAAAAGGGGAGGCUGAGGACCCAGGGAAAUUUGACCGAAGAUUUGAACGGCAAGACUGGAGGAAAAAUUCCGAUGAACGUACGAAUGGGAAAAACGAUCGAGAUUAUGUGCUGCAAGGAAGUGCCACGACGAUUGUUCAAAAGCACGAUGGCCGAAGUGAAAAUUUCGAAAGCAAUCGGUUCUCCGAUGGGGAAGAAAUUUCCACCGAAAGUGCACAAAAUUCUAGCACGGAGGGAAUUUUUGGGGAUUUUAGCACGACCCCUGCGAGUAUUGAUAACGAUUCUGAAUUUUUGGAUAACGACACUCUGGAGGCUGAUCCGAAAAUCGAUGAGAAAAGUUCCGCCGAAGAUCGGAAUUCUUCGACAGAGAUUUUGGAUAAAGAGAGUGCCUUGUCUCGGGAUGAUUACGAAGAAAUUUCGGAGCCUGAUAAGAGAUCGACCGAAAAUUUGGGGAAUUUCGGAGACUCCAAAACAACGGACUUCCUCACAACCACGGAAUCGAUCUUCGAGUCGACUCGCUUUGCUCCAUUUUUUUAUCAUCGAGGAUCCAUCGAUCAAAUCGAAGAAGCCAUCUCCGAAAUCACGACUCCAAAUUAUAAUUUCGAUCCCCCUGAAAAUAACGAUGGCGACGAAGAGUCGUGGAAAAUCGCGAAAGUCUUGGUACCUCCGAAAGUGGACGAGUUUUUGGAAAUUCAGCAGGAGACGCUCUCAAAAUUCCUCGAUGAAUUUCCUACGACCGAAGGUUCGGUUUAUGCGGAAGAAAAAAAUACAGAUACAACGAUAAAAGAAACGGAGGAACGAUCCACGGAAUCUGGAGAAAUUGCCGAAGCUGUUCAAAAUUUCACCGACCGCGAAAUCGACGUUCCUUCGAGGUUUAUUUUUCCCCCAUAUCUCGACGAAAUACUUGACGAGCCCGAUCCAAAAAUUGCGAAAAACACGAGUGAAAACCUCGAGAAUGAAUUUUCGACGGAAGAAAGCGAAUCCUCGAAUUUUACGAAUUUCGAACCGCUCUCGAGCAGUACAGAAAAUUCCAUCGUCGAGAACUUUGAAAAUAAUUUCUACAGGCCAAACGACUCCGAUUCAAAAUUCUCGGUCGCGAAUCUACUUCCCAUUUCUCCAAGGCCUGAAUCGCGGGAAGAGGUCGAUUUAAAUUUUGAAAUCGUACGAAAAGAGGAAUCUGUUUUCGGAACGUCGACGGUGUCUUCUUUAUCAAGGCCGAAUUUGGUAUUAGAGCCGCCGAAAAGUGGCGAUAAAAUUUCGGAAGACACUCCAAAAGCACAAGACUCCGAAAUCGAGUCGAAAGUUUCCGGAAGAAGUCCUGUGGGUUCUGAAAAAACAGAACUCGUCCAGGAGGAAGAAGACUCGAAAGAAGAGAGUCCAGACUCAGCUGGAGAGUCUUCGGAAAAUGUAUCGUUAAAAGAUGGAGGAAGUUCGCAGUUUUCCGGAAAAUCAUCCCUUCCAGGGAGUUUUCUAGAGAUCGAGGAGUCGAUCGACAAGAGCGAUUCUCCCUAUCAAGUGACUUUUGCGGUAAACCAAGGCGACGAUUUCGACCCCACAGGUGAUUUGAUAAGGAAGCUGAUAGCGCAGCACGAGAACACGGAUUCGGUAGGCCCGGCGAAAUUUGAGUCUUUCGAAAUCAUCAGAUCUGAAAAUCCAGAUAUUAAAAUCCAGCAAGAAUCCAUCCCGCCUCCGAGCGAAUCUUUCCACAGCUCAGCAUCCCAGAGUUUCGGAACUCCUAGUCCCCUCGAAAGAGACGAGAGAUUCCCAGGAAAUUCGGAAAAAUCGGAAAACUCAAAAAAUGCCGAAAAUCCGAAAAAUUCGAAAAAUUCAGAAAAUCCUGAAAAAUUCAAUUCGCCAAGGGACGAUCGUCUCCCACGGCCGUUUUCAUUCCGGGAAUUCACCCCGAAACCGGAAAUAAAAUCGACCAAUCUCACCAGCCCGGAAGUAGUGAUAAAACCUACAAAUGCGAGGAAUAGAGAGAAAAUUUUCGAGAGCCCGCUGGUCCGACAUCUUGAAUCACCGGUCAAAGUGUCGAGACCGUCGAGGGAUCAAAUUUUGGAAAGUCUGAGUAAAACAUUGGGUGAACCUUUGUACGAGCAUGAGACAGAUUCCUUCGACGGGAUUUCGAGUUUCGAAUUGCCGGCACAGAGGAGAGCCUUCGAUUUCAGAACAGGAUUGCCGGUGAACGACUCUUUGGGGGAGAAUAGCGAGCUGAGUUUCGACGAAAGGACGCCGCCAUUUUUUCCAGGGCCGAAUCAAAGUGAAAAUAAAAAUGCGGAUAUCAAAGCGAAAGAAAAACCCGUGGAAAAGGUCAUCGUGGAAACGGAAUUCGUUCCUUCCUUGGGAUUCUCUUUCGACACCGAAGAAGAUCGGAAGGCAUUCGCAGAUGCUGUGGUCCGUGGUCUGGUAUCCGUCGAAGGACGCGCUCUUCAGAGUCCAUUUUCCUUCCACAACUCUCCAGACGCCUCCAGAAACAAUUCUGGCCUCCAAGAAAAUUCCAAAAACGUCGAUCGAAACGCCAAACUCGAUACUUAGUUUGUCUUAAAAUUUGAGAAUUCAGAAAUGUGAGAAGUGAGCCUGAGCUGCGUUCCAGUUUUCCAAAAGUCGCACAUUUAGAGUAAUUAUGUAUUAUUAGUGGUGUUUCCUUUUUAUAAAAAUACGUACGACUUUUGACAAACUCAAGCGUAGCUUAUCGUAUCGAAUCCUAUUUUUCUGGGGUUUUGAAGAGGAACCUGAAGAGGAGUUCAGCGUGAAGAAUGUAUGUCGAGUGUCCCGAAGAUCAAUAAUCGUGUAC